CAGCGGCGGCGGUCAGUCGGUUCGGAGCCGCGCCGCGCUCCGGUCGCUCAGUGCCGCACUCCGCGCCGCCGCGCCGCACCCGUCCCAGGCGCGCCACUCUGCGCCGCACACGGCGUUUCACCAGCCGGCGGUCUCACAGCUGACGACACGAUGGUGGCCGGCCGGCAGUGGGCGCUGGCCGCCCUCAGCGCGCUCCUCUCGGCCUGCUCGGCGGCCGCCGGCGGCCAGCCCGCCGAUGACGGCCACUACACCAAUCAGUUCGCCGUCGAGGUGCCCGGAGGCCGGGCGCGCGCCGAGAGGGCCGCCAAGGAGCACCACUGCUCCGUCAUCGACACGAUAGGGGAUUUAGAAGAUCAUUAUCUAUUAGAAUGUCAUGGAAUUCAUAAACGUUCAACAGAGCACUCACAUCACCAUGUUACAAAACUCAGGAGCUCAGAACACAUUAUCUGGGCCGACCAGCAAUAUUACAAGAAGCGAAAGAAGCGCGAUGGCGCCGGCUUUCUGCCCAGCAAUUUGUUCCAGAACGGUUUUCCGUUUUCGUUCGGGCCCGGGUUCGGCUCGGAGUUUAACGGCGGCGACGGCAGUCCGCCUCGGCCGCGGACCCAGUCCUACUGGAAGGACCCGCUCUUCAAGGAGCAGUGGUACCUGAACGGAGGCGCCAAGGACGGCAACGACAUGAACGUGCUGCCCGCCUGGCAGCAGGGCUACUCGGGCAAGGGCGUGGUAGUGUCCAUCCUCGACGACGGGAUCCAGCCCAACCACCCGGACCUGAUCGACAACUACGACCCGCUGGCGUCGCUCGACAUCAACGAUAACGACGACGACCCGACGCCGCGCGACGACGGCACCAACCGGCACGGCACGCGCUGCGCCGGCGAGGUGGCCGCCAUGGCCGGCAACACGGUGUGCGGCGUCGGCGUGGCGCCCAACGCCAGCAUCGGAGGCGUUCGUAUGCUGGACGGGGGUGUGAACGACUACGUCGAGGCGAAGGCGCUGAGUUUCCGGCGGAACCACAUCGACGUCUACAGUGCCAGCUGGGGUCCCGAGGACGACGGCAAGACGGUGGACGGGCCCGGCCCGCUGGCCCGGCGCGCCUUCAUCGAGGGCGUCCUCAAGGGAAGAAAAGGCCGGGGCUCCAUCUUCGUGUGGGCCUCUGGGAACGGCGGACAGUACGUGGACAACUGCAACUGUGACGGCUACACCAACAGCAUCUUCACGCUCUCCAUCUCAUCGGCCACGCAGGGCGGGAACAAGCCGUGGUACCUGGAGGAGUGCGCCUCCACUCUGGCCACCACGUACAGCUCGGGCACGCCGCUUCACGACAAGUCGAUGGCCACCUGCGACCAGGACGCCGCCCUCCGGCCCAAGCACAUCUGCACCGUGUCACACACAGGGACCUCGGCGUCGGCGCCGCUGGCGGCCGGCAUGUGCGCGCUGGCGCUGGAGGCCAACCCGUCGCUCACCUGGCGCGACAUGCAGUAUAUAGUGCUGAUGACGUCACGGCCCGAGCCUCUGUCCAACGAGCUCGGCUGGCUCACCAACGGCGUCGGACGCAAAGUGAGCCACAAGUUCGGCUAUGGCCUCAUGGACGCCGGCGCCAUGGUGGAGCUCGCCAAGCGCUGGAAGCCAGUGCCCACACAGCACAUCUGCAUUACACCCAUGGACGACACCCCGCGCAUGAUUCCGAGCGAGUACGGCGGCCAGCUGCGCGUCUCCAUGCCGGUGACGGCCUGCGGCGACUCGCGCCAGGCCGUCAACUACCUGGAGCACGUGCAGUGCAAGGUGACGCUGGACUACGUGCCGCGCGGCAACCUGCGCAUCCUGCUCACAUCGCCGUCGGGCACGGUGACCACGCUGCUGUUCGAGCGGCCGCGCGACGUCACCGGCAGCAGCUUCGACCGGUGGCCCUUCAUGUCGGUCCACUUCUGGGGCGAGCGGCCCGAGGGCGUCUGGAACCUGACCAUCAUCAACACGCACACGCGCGCGCCAAAGACCAAGGGCGUGCUGAAGGAAUGGCAGCUCAUCUUUUACGGCACGGAGACGCAGCCCAUCCAGCUGCGGCCGCGCCAGGAGCAGUUCGGCUCCAGCUCGGUGCUGCGUCCCACCGUGGUCGACGUCCAGGGUCGGGCCGUCGUCGACGGCGGGCUCUGCGAUGCCGCCUGCCGCCAGACGUGCCACGACAACCCCUCUGCGGCCGGCUGCCGACGCUGCCGCAAGCAGUACAAAAGCUCAUGCGUCCCCAGCUGUCCGGUGGGCUCGUACUUUGGCGGCGAGCAGGGCUGCCUGCGCUGUCACGAGUCGUGCGGCUCGUGCACGGGCCCCGAGCCCACCCACUGCACGGGCUGCGCGCCGGCCAACGUGCUGGUCCGUCAGCUGGGGGUGUGCUCCAGCGGCUGUCCCGAGGGCUACUUCAACGAGGGCGGUGCCUGUGAGCCGUGUCGGCCCGACUGCGCCUCCUGUGAUGCCGGCCGGUGCACGCGCUGCGGGCCGCGGCUGCUGCUGCACGACGGACAGUGCUGGCCCGCCUGUCCGGAGCGCACCUUCCAGCUUAGCCAGAGGUGCGAGCCGUGUGCGGCCGGCUGCGAGAGCUGCCUGGGUCCGGCGGCCUCCGACUGUCUGCGCUGCCAGCCGGGCCUGGCACCCCACCGGGGCCGGUGUGUGGCCGUCUGCUCCGGCGGCCGGCCCUGCGCCACCUGAGCACGAUCUCGUCACCGCGCAGGGAGCAGCGCCGGCGCCGACUGCGGCCUCCCCGGCUCACACCGGGGACAGCACGGGCAGCCGCUGGGAGGGAGAGCUGGCGGCCGAGCUGAGGAUGGGCGCGGAGGUCUGUCUGACUGGGAGCGGCGCGGCUGAUGAUCGAUGACGGAAGGUGUCGGCGGCAGCGUACGGACCGCGGCUGUGCGACGGCCACCCCCUGAGCUGAACCGACCGGCGGACGGAGCUGAUCACGAGGCGCCGUGCUCGCCGCGACUGCCGGCGGGGGUCAGAGUCGCUACCACCGGGAGCCAACGAACGCCGCUGGCCGCAGUCCACCCGGGUCGGACAGUACUGUCAAUGUCUGAAUCCUGGCGCGGCUGUGCUGAGUGAUUCAGUGGCGGCGCUUAGUGACCCGCCGUGCUGCCACCGGCCGCUGUGUGAUCCAAGCUUUAGUGCGCGCCCGCGGUGUAGAGGACGCGCGUGGGACAGGGCGGAUCCUCCAGCCAGACAGAUGUUUGUACAAUGGCAGCGGUCGUGACCGACUCCACUCUGCGCAUUGUUUACCAGACAGACAGCCGGGCUAGAACGGUCGUAAUACAUCGCCACACAUUUUUAUCGUGGUGGCCAUUGUAGUGACGUCGACUGUUUUCGUGCAUUGUUUCGCUGUUGAUCGUUUAAAUGUCAAUACACGUGAAAGAGGAGAAA